AUGGAUGGACAAACCGAAAACACAAAGACUCCAACCUCUAGAGAGCGACCUUACUAUGCUCGUAAUAUAGAAUUCUACCACCUAGCCAGCCGCGAUGCCGACUUUCGCGUUGCGCUAAAGGCGGCCAGCAAAGAUGGCUUCAUCGAUUUUCAAGACGAGGGUUUUGUACUACAGUUGACCAAGUCAUUGCUAAAGGCUGAUUUCGGCCUCACAAUCGAGAUGCCAUCCGAUCGACUUUGUCCACCUGUUCCUGUUCGCUGGAAUUACAUACGCUGGUUGCAGGAUCUGAUCGACAACAGCGGACCUUGGUCCGAUACCAAUGACAUCUCAAUUUUAGACGUCAACGAGCCACGUCGCCGAGUGACAGGCCUGGACAUCGGCGUUGGUGCGUCCUGUAUAUACAGCCUUCUCGCAUGUGCCAGUCGACCAAAUUGGCACAUGUAUGGUACUGACAUUGAUGAGCAUUCGCUGGGCUUUGCCAGAGCCAACGUCUCCGCAAAUGGACUCUUGCACCGCAUCACGUUGUUGAAAACCACAUCGUCUGGUCCACUCAUCCCGUUGGAAGGAUUGGAGGUGUCGGGCCUCGAUUUUGUCAUGACCAACCCGCCGUUCUAUUCUUCAAGUGAGGAUAUGAAAGCAUCGUACGCUGGCAAAAAUAUUACACCCUCUGCGGUCUGUCUCGGUGCUGAGAACGAGAUGAUCUGCCCUGGCGGCGAUUUGGGCUUUGCCAUGCGAAUCUUUGGCGAAAGCCUGCAGCUCCGGGAACGAGUGCAGUGGUUCUCCGUCAUGUUUGGGAGGCUGAAGUCAGCAGAGACAUUUGUUACACAUCUCAAGACGUCCGCAGUGACAAAUUUUGCUGCGUCUGAUCUGCAGGCCGGGUUCAAAACGAAACGAUGGGUGAUAGCAUGGAGUCACCAGGGUUUCAGACCGCGGAAUGAUGUGUCACGUCAUGGCGAGCUGGUACGAAGCAUAAUGCCAGACGUUUCGGUUCAGACCAUUACAUUACCACGGCAGGACGCGAAGUGGGCAGGAAAGAUUGUGAACGACAUCAUGAACGGACUCAACCUAGUGUGGCAAUGGCAGCCGUUGCAUCAUGCCGGUGCCAUGUGUUGCAAUCGGGACGUCUGGUCGAGAUCGGCCCGGAGGAAGAGGAAGUUCGACGAGACACAGAGCGUGGUCAACCCGGCUGGGCCGGAGGCAUCAGAGGUCGCGCUUGCUGUGAUUAUCGCGUGCAAGGACGAAGCCGUGGAGGUGCGCUGGCUGCGAGGUCGGGACCGACUGAUCUUCGAGAGCUUCUGUGGCAAGUUGAAAAGAGCUAUGGGAGACCGGUUGAAAGUACUACAUGAGGCAGCAUGA